CUUAUUGCACCAGUUCAGUAGUGCAACUAAAAAGAACAAACCAUGUCUCACAAAGUGGAAAGUUCACAACAGCGGGAAAAGUUGUUGAACGUCAGAGAGAGCGAUUAUGCCUCUAUGAUAUGAGUAAAAUAUUGCAGGAUUAAUUUAUUGUGAAUACUAAAGAAAAGAAAAAUGAACGCGAAAAUCGACAAUUUGCUAGGUCAAAAUAAUCGAGAAAAAUUACGUAAAUUUGUACAAGAGACAUUAACUGACGAGCUUGCAAAAAUAAUAUCUAACAUGAUAUGUGAUUCAAAUGUUUUCAAACUACUAGAUGAAAUCUUACAAGUGUGUUCAGAAUCUGAGAAUUUAUAUUCGAAAAGACUCAAAUUAGUAGAGUCCACAUUGAAAGUUCUAGCUAAAGCCAAGGUCUCAAUCAGUCAUGUGAAUGAUAUUGUCAAUCGAAUAGUAGUUGAUUUUCCUAAUUAUCCAAAACUACAUCUGAUUAGAUUGGUGGAAUUUUGUCUGACUAGUAUUCGUAAUAACGAUGAUGAGUUCAGAAGUUGGAAAGAUCUAUUGCCUGUUCUUCUGGAAGUACUAGAAGAGGAGAAAUAUAUUAAUUAUAUGAAUGGAGAAGUUUCUGGAUCUAAGUACAAAUCUCUCAUUAUUAAUAACAUAUGUAUUAGUGAAUGGAAUACAGAAAUCAUGCCUUCAAUAGCGAUGAUGUUUAGAGAUAUGUCUUUAGAAAAAGAGGAUCAUACCCUAGUAUUUACAGUACUGUGCACAAGACUGCAAAAUAUACCUCUUGAAGAAUUGCCUCCCUUUGUGCAUCAGGCAUUAAGAUUCUGUAAUAAUCAGGACAGCAAACAUUUAUUGGAAGCAUUACGUAGAUAUUUUACUACACGUUUUUCUCAAAUUAAUUCUGAUGAUAUAAAUACUUUUGAGACUAUUGAUACCGUAAGUGCUAAGGAGAUACAAGAUGUUGAGAGUACUGUAUUAUAUCAUAUAUACCAAGCAGCACAGUUAAAUCACCAGCAUAUAAGAGAUUAUAUUCGGUACUCUAAAAAUGUAUCAAAUGUUCCCGAAACUAUAAUGGAGCCUUUUAUGUUCUCGAUAUUGCUCACAGUUGCUCCUAUUUGUGAAGACCAAAUUUUUGAAUUGUUACAUACGAUUAUGAAUAAGCGGAAUGAAAAUGAUAAUAAACGGAAGAACAGUGUGUGGUUAAGAAAACUAAUUCCUGACUCUUGUAGUAUAAUGACUAUGAUGAUGAAUGUUAUAGAUACCAGUGAAAAGGAUCGACAUUUAAUACUUAAAGGACUCGUAGAUUUCACAUUUGUCCUCAUGGCUACGGAGCAUAAAUCAAAGACAGACACCCAUCCUUUAACGCAAAUCGGUAUAAAGAUACUUCAGAGGAUCAUGAGGAAACACCACGAAACAGUCGCAACUGUGUUCCAGAUGUUGAUCGAUAAAAUAAUUGCAGGUGGAUUGUUUAUUUCUCAAUACACUGAUUGUUUAGCGUUCAUGUGCCGCAAGUUACCGAUUCUCAUAUUAGAACAGAAAGAUUCAGUAAUAGGUCUCCUCAAUCAAAUUUCAUUUGUGCCUGGGGAGGUUUCCAUCUUCAUUAUUUCCGCGAUAUUUCCAUUGAUAAAAGCCUCGACUGACAUCAGAGAGCAAACAGUGUUAACGUUGAGGACGACUCUCUACAGAAAGGAUACGUUCAAGCGGCAGAUGGCGGUCAGCGGUCUCUCGGAGAUGUUGAAAAACUUGAAGAAGCAUACAUUGAAUGGCCCUGCAUUGAACUCUAGCCAGUGCGUUACUUCAUCAUCUACUGGUGCGAGUUCUGUCUUGACUCAGGUGACAUUAGAAAGAGGAUCACAAGCAACAGGAUCUAGCACGGGAUAUAAUAAAUGUUUGAGUUACGACUUGUUGGGCAUUCUAAGAAAAUGUUUCACUCAUGAAUAUGAAGUUCGGUUACAUUUAUAUAACAGUUUAUAUGACGUCGUGUCGAAGAACAUCAAAGUCGCGGAAUACAUACUAGAGAUGUUAUUGCCGCAUUUCAGAUUGUACUUUGAAGAGGACGAAAACAUUUUACUGCCCGUUAAACUGGACCUAUGUGUAACUGUACAAGGGGAUCAAGUUGUAUCGCAAGAACCUUUGGCGGAACUGAUCUUUGGGCUGCAAAAGAUAUAUAUCAAGGCAGCUCUGUUGACGUCGCCCUUCGUAGAUGAGCUAGCUAUUAUUUUGGAGUCUCUCUGCAAGCGAAUGCCACGAGUCGAUAUAGAACACCUGAAUCUGGACGACAAUUUGGAAUUAAACAGUGCUAACAUUAAGUCGCAAGAGAAAUUGCAGAAUCUUCUAACGACGAUUAAAAUUUAUGAGGCUCUGAUAUCUUUCAGAAUCGGCGCGUGGUCUGUGAAUUGCACCGACACUGCACAAAGUAUCAAGAGUCUAUUUAAGGGAUACACGAACUUGGUGGAAUUUACAAAGUACAUAUCAAAGGUGAAGAAGGGUAAAACUAAGAAACAGAACGAUCCGAAUAAUACGACAAUAAAGAAAGCUGGCCGACUGAGUAAUAUAAAGUUACCACCUAGCAUCUUGGAUCUAUCAGUAAUAUGCAAAUGUUUGUCGCUCUUUUACUUAAAAUCUGUUCCUUGGGCACGUGCGGAUCAAGUAUCCUUGUUAGUAGAAUACCAUGAUUUUUACCAUUACAUACUGCGAACGCUACUGCAAAUCUUGCAAAACGUCAAAUCUUUAACGGAAUACAAUCUACGGAAGCACAAAGAUCAGAAUAUGAAGAUCUACUGUGAAAUCGGAAAAUUACUAUACGAUUAUGUUGUUUUGGAUCUGAAGACAGUUCUCGAUACGGAUGAACAAGGAAGUAUACUGGCAUUGGAAUGCUUCAAAGAGUUAUGUUGCCUUAUUUGCACUUUCGCUACCGAAUUACCGCAAUUUUUCGAUGAAAUUGUCCCUAAUGAGAAAAACCAAUCGGACAAUCUUAACCCACAGUUAGCGAUCGUAAUUUCCACCUUAAAAACGAGCUUCAGAACGUUAUUUAGUGAGAAAGAAGAACAUGAAGAAAAUUCCAAGAAGAUAUUUUGCACACUACUAGAUAUUAUACGCCAACUGACGCAAGAAAUUAACUUUUAUGAAACGCACGACGAUAAGAUAUUCGGAUCGAUGAUGGAAUUCACGCAAUUGGAAGGUUUGGAUCCUCAAGCCUCCUUGAUUAUUUUUCAAAUCUUACUAUGGAUAGAAGAGCGUAAUAAAGAGCAUGGCGAAUUAUUAAUUGAUAUUAGUCAUGCGCUAUGCGAGAAAGUGGGCAGCAUUGAUAAAGCUGAGGUACCAGAGAAUAAAUUCAAGAUAAUACACGAAGAUACAGCUUUACAGCUUUAUAAUCUGGCGAACAACUCAGUGAAAGAGAAGUUGGAGAAUGUGUCGUGGCUAUUGGUGCGACUUAAAUCCGAGCAAAACAUAGUUUGUCCAUUUGGCGCGGAUCUCGAAUCACAUCAAGAGAAGCUGAGAACACAGGAACGUAGUUUGUGCAGACAGUUGUCGCAUAUCAUACAGAUACUUUAUAUGUUAGCCAACGUUGCUGUUAAACCAGGACCAUCGAUGGACUUUAUGUUCAAGAAUUUACAACAUCUAUACAACACGCUCAGCAAUCUCACUAAAUAUUUUUACGCUAAAUCCAGUAAACAAAACGCAGCAUUUCAAUCUGUAAAAUUUAUUCAAGUUAUUCAAUCAGCCGGAAAACCAUUGAAAUCUGCGUUUUACAAUUUAAUAACACAUACUGAGGAAAAUCAAAAAGCAAAACCAAAAGCUGAUUCGCAUAUGCAGAGGAACAAAAUAUUGAAGGAAACCAAGAUCAUACCACGUGUGGUAUAUGAAAUCGAGCAAUUCCACAAGGAGAUUCUAUCACUUGAUAAAAAAACAGGCGUACCACUCGAGACUUAUGUAAAGCACAGUGUAACACGAGAUUUUCGUAUAAAAAACACUCAAUUGUCGGAAGCGUUGGAAAAAAUGAAUAUAAGUGUGUUGAAUACACAGAAAUCUCACCGCGACAAUGCAAAUACAUCUAAUGCAGACUUGAAUGAUACGUCUAUGGCAUCAUCAUCCACCGAUCGUCGUGGAUCCGUAGAAUCGACACCAUUAAAACGACGUAAAAAAUCAGACACUUAAAAAUUAUAUAACUAUACUGUUCCUGUAAAUUACAAGUUUUCAUUCAUUCGAGUUACCUUAACACAAUAUAUGUGUAAGUUCAUUGUUUCUAUGUA